CAUGGCAAUGCCUAGCUUUCGUGAUGCUUCUACUACUACCCAUUAUCUUCCACUUUCUCCAACGCCGUUUGCAUGCUCCAUAUUCCUCUAAACAAACCAAACCCUUCUCUCAUUCUUCCCUCUGCCACUCUCUUCAUGGCUCUUCCCUUCAACCUCGUACACUCCUACCUCGUCCCGCUCUUCUUCUUGUGUUUUCUGCAUGUCACCGCAGAACAAAACAACGACAAGCUUUACCUUCUUUCCUUCAAAGAGGGUCUCCAAAACCCUCACCUUCUCCCUUCGUGGAACCCCGCCACCCCGCACUGCCACUGGGUCGGCGUCACGUGCCAACUCGGACGAGUCACUUCGCUCUCUCUUCCCAACCGCAACCUCAGAGGAACACUCUCUUCCUCGCUCUUCUCUCUCUCUUCACUCUCUCUCCUCAACCUACGUGACAACCAGCUCGCGGGGGAGAUCCCCGGCGAGCUCGGCGGGUUGCUUCAGCUGGAAACUCUCCGACUCGGCUCCAACUCCCUCGCCGGGAAUAUCCCGCCGGAGGUGGGGCUCUUGACGAAGCUAUGCACACUCGACCUCUCCGGGAACUCGCUCGUUGGAGAAGUGCCGGAGAGCGUCGGGAAUUUGACCCGGCUUGAAUUUCUCGACCUCAGCAACAACUUUUUAUCCGGUUCUCUUCCGGUGAGUCUCUUUACCGGAGCGAGGUCUUUGAUUUCCGUUGAUAUCUCGAACAACUCGUUUUCCGGCGUAAUCCCGCCGGAAAUCGGGAACUGGCGGAACAUCAGUGCCCUUUACGUGGGGAUUAACAAGUUGUCUGGGACUUUGCCGAGGGAGAUUGGGUUGCUUUCAAAACUUGAAAUUUUCUACUCUCCUUCCUGUUCCAUCGAAGGUCCUUUGCCUGAGGAAAUGGCGAAGCUGAAAGCGUUGACCAAGCUUGACCUUUCUUACAACCCCUUGAGGUGUUCGAUUCCCCGGUUCAUUGGGGAGCUGGAGAGCUUGAAAAUUUUGGACCUUGUGUUUGCCCAGCUUAAUGGGUCGGUGCCAGCCGAGCUUGGGAAGUGUAAGAAUUUGAGGUCUGUGAUGCUUUCUUUCAAUUCACUCUCUGGGUCUCUGCCUGAGGAGCUUUCUGAGCUUCCCAUGUUAACCUUUUCUGCUGAGAAAAAUCAGCUUCAUGGGCCUUUGCCUUCUUGGCUGGGGAAGUGGAGCAAUAUCGAUUCUCUUUUGCUCUCUGCUAACCGUUUUUCUGGGGUUAUUCCUCCUGAACUUGGGAAUUGUUCUGUGAUGGAGCACCUCAGUUUAAGCAGUAAUUUGCUGACAGGUCCUAUUCCUGAGGAGCUUUGCAAUGCUGCCUCACUUUUGGAGGUUGAUCUUGAUGACAACUUUCUCUCUGGUACUCUUGAGAAAGUGUUCGUCAAGUGUAAGAACCUUACACAGUUGGUUUUGAUGAAUAAUAGGAUUGUUGGUUCUAUACCCGAGUAUCUUUCUGAGUUACCCUUGAUGGUGCUGGACCUUGAUUCUAACAAUUUUAGUGGGAAAAUACCUUCUGGGCUGUGGAAAUCAUUGGCUCUGAUGGAAUUCUCCGCUGCUAAUAACCGUUUGGAGGGUUCUCUUCCUGUGGAGAUUGGGAAUGCAGUUAUUCUGGAGAGGCUUGUUCUUAGCAAUAAUCGUCUGACAGGUACUAUUCCUAAGGAAAUUGGGAGACUCUCAAAUCUUUCAGUUCUUAAUUUGAACGCGAAUAUGCUUGAAGGGAGUAUCCCAACUGAGCUUGGUGGCUGCACUUCCCUCACCACACUGGACCUUGGAAAUAAUAAGCUGAACGGAUCUAUUCCUGAGAAACUGGUUGAACUGAGCCAAUUGCAGUGUCUGGUUCUUUCUCACAAUAAUCUAUCUGGGUCCAUUCCUGCCAAAAAAUCUUCAUAUUUUCGACAGCGUAGCAUCCCUGAUCUGAGCUUUGUCCAGCACCUUGGCGUGUUUGAUCUCUCUCACAACAGAUUGUCUGGCCCCAUACCCGAUGAAAUUGGGAGUUGUGCAGUGGUUGUGAAUCUCUUAGUUAGCAACAACAUGCUCUCUGGUAGCAUUCCUAAAUCACUUUCACUGUUGACGAAUCUUACAACUUUGGAUCUGUCUGACAACUUGUUGUCGGGUUCCAUUCCACUGGAGCUUGGAGGUGUGCUCAAGCUCCAGGGUUUGUAUUUGGGACGUAAUCAGCUGUCAGGUACCAUCCCUCAAAGCUUUGGAAAGUUGACUAAUUUGGUGAAGCUGAAUUUGACAGGAAAUAAGUUGUCUGGUUCAAUUCCGGUGAGUUUUGAGAACAUGAAAGGGUUGACUCACUUGGAUUUGAGCUAUAAUGAGCUGAGCGGCGAGCUUCCUUCUUCUCUUUCAGGAGUGCAAAGCCUUGUUGGGAUUUAUGUGCAAAAUAACAGGCUUUCAGGCCAACUAGGGGAGCUCUUCUCAAACUCCAUGACAUGGAGGAUUGAGACAGUGAAUUUAAGUGACAAUUGCUUCAAUGGGAACUUGCCGCGGUCUUUGGGAAAUCUUUCUUACCUGACAAAUUUGGAUCUUCAUGGAAAUAUGUUGACUGGAGACAUUCCUUUAGACCUUGGGGAUCUUAUGCAAAUGGAAUAUUUUGAUGUUUCAGGUAAUAAACUAUCUGGAAGGAUUCCAGACAAGUUAUGCGGCCUAGAUAAUCUGGUUUACCUAGAUGUGUCACGAAACAGGUUGGAAGGGCCGAUACCAAGUAAUGGUAUUUGCCAGAACCUACCCAGAUUUAGACUUGCAGGGAACAGAAACCUUUGUGGCCAGAUGUUGGGUAUAAUUUGUCAGGAUAAAAGCAUUGGAAGAUCAGUAUUGUAUAAUGCAUGGCGGCUUGCUGCAAUUGCGGUUACACUUUUACUGCUAACUCUAAGCAUUGCUUUUGUUCUGCAUAAAUGGAUUACCAGGAGGCAAGCUAAUCCUGAGGAGCUUGUGGAGCGCAAACUAAACAGUUAUGUUGAUCACAAUCUUUAUUUCUUGAGCAGUAGCAGAUCAAAGGAGCCAUUGAGUAUCAAUGUUGCAAUGUUUGAGCAGCCUCUUCUGAAAUUAACUUUGGUGGACAUCCUUGAAGCAACUGACAACUUCAGCAAGACAAAUAUAAUUGGAGAUGGAGGUUUUGGAACUGUGUACAAGGCCACUUUACCUAAUGGAAAAACGGUUGCAGUGAAGAAGCUUAGUGAGGCAAAAACGCAAGGUCAUCGUGAGUUCAUGGCUGAAAUGGAAACCUUGGGCAAGGUGAAGCAUCAAAAUCUCGUUGAAUUACUUGGAUAUUGCUCAAUCGGCGAGGAGAAACUGCUCGUUUAUGAAUAUAUGGUAAAUGGGAGCUUAGAUCUUUGGUUGAGAAAUAAGACCGGGGCACUUGAAAUCCUGAGCUGGAACAAACGUUACAAAAUUGCAACUGACGCAGCUCGAGGAUUAGCUUUCCUUCAUCAUGGUUUUAUACCUCACAUCAUUCACAGGGAUGUUAAAGCUAGCAACAUCUUGCUGAAUGAAAAUUUUGAGCCAAAGGUUGCAGACUUUGGACUGGCAAGACUGAUCAGUGCCUGUGAGACUCAUAUCACCACUGAUAUUGCUGGAACAUUUGGUUACAUUCCACCAGAGUAUGGACAGAGUGGGAGAUCCACAACAAGAGGAGAUGUUUACAGUUUUGGGGUCAUUUUGCUUGAACUUGUGACUGGUAAAGAGCCAACAGGACCAGAUUUUAAAGAGAUUGAAGGUGGUAACUUGGUUGGAUGGGUUACUCAGAAGAUCAAGAAGGGACAGGCUGCUGAUGUUCUUGAUCCAUCAGUUCUUGAUGCCGACUCAAAGCAGAUGAUGCUUCAAAUGCUGCAAAUUGCUUGUGUUUGCAUAUCUGACAAUCCUGCAAACAGGCCUACCAUGCUUCAAGUGCACAAAUUCUUGAAGGGGAUGAAGGGGGAGUAAUUCACUAGUAUUUACAUCAACAAUUAACUGAACUUUUCUAACACAAGCUCUAGACUAGUAAUCUAAUGUUAUGUAUGUAGAUUAUGGUUUAUCAAUCUAUAUAUGUAUAAAAGCUCUUUCUUAUC